GGUGUUGUGGAGGCUGUUCCGGUUCGCGGCGGUUCCCGGGUUUUGCGUUCCGCGCCCGGCCGGAAACCCCUUCGCAUAGCAGCCGGUUCCGGUUCGGACUUUGUAUCUUUGCUAAAGUCAGUGAUGUGAAAGGACCUGACAUGGAUGAUAUUGCUGAUAGGAUGAGGAUGGAUGCUGGAGAAGUAACUUUAGUGAACCACAACUCCAUAUUCAAAACCCAUCUCCUGGCACAAACAGGCUUUCCAGAGGACCAGCUUUCAUUUUCUGACCAUCAGAUUUUACCUUCCAGGGAAGGAAAUUUGGACCGAUCUUAUACAUGUUCUACAAGAAGUGCAGCUUAUAAUCCAAAUUAUUAUUCAGACAACCCUUCCUCAGACAGUUUUCUUGGCUCAGGAGAUUUAAGAACCUUUGGCCAGAGUGCAAAUGGCCAGUGGAGAAAUUCCACUCCAGCAUCAGGUUCAACUUUACAAAAAUCAAGAAACAGCCGAAGUCUUUACCUCGAAACCCGAAAGACCUCAAGUGGAUUAUCAAACACUUUUACGGGAAAGUCAAACCAUCACUGCCAUGUGUCUGCAUAUGAAAAAUCUUUUCCUAUUAAGCCUGUUCCAAGUCCGUCUUGGAGUGGUUCAUGUCGUCGAAACCUUUUGAGCCCCAAGAAAACUCAGAGGCGACAUGUUAGUACAGCAGAAGAGACAGUCCAAGAAGAAGAAAGAGAGAUUUACAGACAGCUGCUACAGAUGGUCACAGGGAAACAGUUUUCUGUAGCCAAACCCACCACACAUUUUCCUUUACACCUGUCUCGAUGUCUUAGUUCCAGUAAGAGUACUUUGAAAGACCCACUGUUUAAAAAUGGAAACUCUUGUGCAGCUCAGAUCAUUGGCUCUGAUACUUCAUCAUCUGGAUCUGCUAGCAUUUUAACUACCCAGGAACAACUGUCCCACAGUGUGUAUUCCUUACCGUCUUAUGCCCCAGAUGUUGUGGCAUUUGGAUCCAAAGAUUCUGAUCCUCUCCAUCAACCCCAACAUCACCACUCUCUUCUACAUCAGCCAGAUAACUUACCAGCUUCAAAUGCACAAUCAGAAGGAUCAGACUCUGUGAUUUUACUCAAAGUGAAAGAUUCCCAGACUCCAACUCCCAGUCCUACUUUUUUCCAGGCAGAGCUGUGGAUCAAAGAAUUAACUAGUGUUUAUGAUUCUCGAGCACGGGAGAGAUUGCGCCAUAUUGAAGAGCAGAAGGCACUGGCAUUACAGCUUCAAAACCAGAGAUUACAGGAACAGGAACACUCAGUACAUGAUUCAGUAGAACUGCAUCUUCGUGUGCCACUUGAAAAGGAGAUCCCUGUCACGAUCACCCAAGAAACAGAAAAGAAAGGUCAUAAAUUAACUGAUAGUGAAGAUGAAUUUCCUGAAAUCACAGAGGAAAUGGAGAAAGAAAUAAAGAAUGUAUUUCGUAAUGGUAACCAGGAUGAAGUUCUGAGUGAAGCAUUCCGCUUGACCAUUACACGCAAAGAUAUUCAAACUCUAAACCAUCUGAACUGGCUCAAUGAUGAGAUAAUCAAUUUCUACAUGAAUAUGUUGAUGGAGCGAAGUAAAGAGAAGGGAUUGCCAAGUGUGCAUGCAUUUAAUACCUUUUUUUUCACUAAGUUAAAAACGGCUGGUUAUCAGGCAGUGAAACGUUGGACAAAGAAAGUGGAUGUAUUUUCUGUUGACAUUCUUUUGGUGCCCAUUCACCUGGGAGUGCACUGGUGUCUUGCUGUUGUGGACUUUCGAAAGAAGAAUAUUACCUAUUACGACUCUAUGGGUGGGAUAAACAAUGAAGCCUGCAGGAUCCUCCUGCAAUACCUGAAGCAAGAAAGCAUUGAUAAGAAAAGGAAAGAGUUUGACACCAAUGGCUGGCAGCUCUUCAGCAAGAAAAGCCAGGAAAUUCCACAGCAGAUGAAUGGAAGUGACUGUGGCAUGUUUGCUUGCAAAUAUGCUGACUGCAUUACCAAAGACAGACCAAUCAACUUCACACAGCAACACAUGCCAUACUUCCGGAAGCGGAUGGUCUGGGAGAUUCUCCACCGAAAGCUUUUGUGAAGACUGUCUCAGUUAGCCGACACUGACCUUGUGGGGGACCAGCUCUUUGUUGUCUACAGCCAGAGACCUUGGAAACAGCUGCUCCCACCCCUCUGUUCUUGUAAAGCCCUUGAUCCUGGACCAGGCCCUGGCGAGAUGCAUUCACAAGCACAUCUGCCUUUCCUUUUGUAUCUCAGAUACUAUUUUUGCAAAGAAACUUUGGUGCUGUGAAAGGGGUGAGGGACAUCCCUAAGCUGAAGAGAGAGACUGCUUUUCACUUCUUCAGUUCUGCCAUCUUGUUUUCAAAGGGCUCCAGCCUCACUCAGUCCCUAAUUCGGGGGCCGAGAGAAGCUUGGACAGACUCUUGGUUUCAUAUAAACUCUUGUUGUUAGGCCUUACUAAGAGGUAGGAAAGGGCAUGGGCAAAAAGGUAGGGAUGAAAACCACCAGCAUAUACACGCACACAUACACACAGGAUUUUCACGAUGUGUUGUCAGGAAAGUGACUGUAAACUGGACUUGGGGUCACAUGCUUACGUCCCUUCUCCAGGACUUCCCUAUUUAUAUGCCUCUUUGUGAGAUCCAUCUGCUUCUGUACAAGGCUGUUUUGUCAUCUGUAGCUUCCUCCCAGCCUGAGGCAGAACACAUGAGCCCGGGGGGGGGACCCCAAAGUCCCAGGCAGGCCUUUCCUUAAAGCAGGGGUUCGCAUGUGCUCACAACACAGGAUACAGAGAAGACCCACCCAGGGAGCAGUUUAGUGGAGCAACAAAGGCACCACUUUUACUGCCGCCGACUUCUGACCAAGAAGAAGGACCUCAGUCUUUAGCGUAAAAUUCCAGCAUGGGAUGAAUGCAGGUCUAGUUUGGUCUGUGGCUAGUUAGUCUAAAUAGGUUUCUAACCACAGAGAAUUUAAUAUAUAUAUAUAAAUAUAUAUAUAUUUCACAGGGAUAUGUGUUUUUUUAAAAGGCUGAAUGUGUUCACCACUUUAGCCUGUAGAUUUAUUUCCUUUUUCCAGCUUUAGCUCUAGCACGCACAGAUCCCAGCCCCUAUGUGGAGGGUGUUUGUGGACUUCCUAACAAUAUUUUGAGGCCUGGAUGAACUUUGGCUUAGGGGUCAAGGUUACAGAGGGAGGCAAAGAUUUUCAACUGGAAAACGGGUGGAAUUUGGACUGAUCAACUUGAGACUAAAAAAACUGCUAUUCCUUUUGUUCUUUCUAGCAUCUCCCCCGCCCUCUGAGCGCUCCUCAGGCUAGAUAGUGGAACGAUCCAAUGCCAGUGUCAUUUUGUACUUAAGUUCCAAAAUAGGAACGUUUUAUACUUUUUUCUGUAUUGUAAUAGGUAGUUUUGUAUGAAAUAUUUUCUCUUCUUCCCUUGUACCCCAUCCUUUCCAACAUUGUGCUUUCUCUCUGGGCUUAUUUGAAAAUUUUACUCUGUUUUAUACCAAGCUUGUUUAGUACAUUUUUCUAUGUUUUACCACAGGUUACAAUUUGAAAAGAAAACUAUUUUUUUUAAAUAUUCCAUUGUUA